AUGGCGGACAAUCCCGUUUGGAAGGCAUGCAAGCCCUUCGCUACUGGCUCCCUUGCUGGAAUGUUUGCGACCUGCUGCAUUCAGCCGAUUGACAUGGUGAAGGUCCGUAUCCAGCUGACUGCUGGCACCGCCGAGGCAGCUGGGCCAGUCACCAUCGCGGGGAACAUGCUCAAGAACGAGGGCGUUGCGGCCUUCUAUACCGGCCUUACCGCUGGUUUGACGCGCCAGGUUGUUUACACCGGAGCCCGACUGGGUCUCUUUGAUAAGUUCACCGGUAUGGUCAAGCAGCCGGGCAAGCAGCUGAGCUUCGCUGAGAACGCAGGUUGCGCUUUGUCUGCUGGUGGUCUGGCGGCCCUCGUUGGAAACCCGGCGGACCUUGCACUCAUCCGAAUGCAGGCGGACAGCAUGAAGCCUGCCGCCGAGCGAUCCGGCUACACCAACGUCUUCACUACCAUGGGGAAGAUCGUCGCCGCGGAAGGCCCUGGCGGCCUCUUGGCUGGAGCCGUGCCCACGGCCACUCGCGCCAUGGCGCUGAACUUUGGCAUGCUCGCCUUCAAUGCAAGCGCCAAGGACGCGCUCGGCAACAUGGGAGUCUCAGGUGCACCCCAGGUCUUCGGUGCGUCUGCCAUUGCCGGCUUCUUCGCCUCCUUCUUUUCCUUGCCCUUCGACUUCGUGAAGACGCAGAUGCAAAAGCAGAAGAAAGACCCGGUCACCGGCGAGCUCCCUUUCAAGAGCUCCAUGGAUUGCGCCAUGAAGAUCAUGGCCGAAGGCGGCCCCCUGCGUUUCUACGCCGGCUUCCCCACGUAUUAUGUCCGGAUUGCGCCCCACGCCAUGCUCACGCUCAUUGCACAGGACUUCAUCAAGAAGAGCUGGUCGCAAGUCGGGCUGUGA